GUUUACGACACCGUUUUACGACACUGUGCGCGCAGUUCCUCUUCGCUUCGGUGCAAGAUGGCUUCGUCGUUUUGGAAAGGUGUUGUCGGUAUCGGACUUUUCUCCUUAGCUCACGCAGCUUUCUCAGCGGCACAACAUCGAUCAUACAUGCGACUCACAGAGAAGGAGCAUGAGACGCUACCAAUUGACAUUGUGUUGCAGACCUUAUUAUCGUUCGUCAUGACCUGUUAUGGUAUUGUCCACAUCGCUGGAGAGUUCAAAGACAUGGAUGCGUCCUCAGAGCUGAAAAACAAAACUUUUGAUACUCUGAGGAACCACCCAUCGUUCUACCUUUUCAAUCACAGGGGUCGGCUGCUAUUCCGCACGCCAGAGGAGGAGCCCUCCUCGGUACGCAACCAGCAAGCUCUACCCAACCCCAUACGGCUACGCAAGCUGGAGCAUGUGCACUGAGACUGGCCUUUCCUGCCUGUAAACACGGUCAUUGUCAGCUAAGAUUUGUUUUUGUUAGACAGGAGGAGGGAGACAGUGUGAGAAUUUCUUUCUCCUUUUUAAUUUUUGUUUUGUUUUGUUUUUUGUAAAUAAAUAAUGCUGUCCAAACAUGCAUCUCUGUCCAUAAUGUGGUUACUACCAUAUUCAACACUGACUGUGCCAACCCUUCAGUUUUUGUUUUUCAAGCAGAUUUGUUUGUAUAUACAGUAUGUAAAUGCUUUGGAGUCUUAAGAUACCCCUUUUGUCCCUUCUGAACUGAACUGGGAUAUUACUGUCCUUUGUAAAUGUUUUCUAUGAAGGGAAUAACAAAGCCUGUUCUGGUUACUGUUUCAUUUCAAACACACGUCAGCCUUCAGCUGCUGCCUGAGCAAAACUUUUGUCAACUGAAAUGAGAUUUAUCAAUGGACUCUAAUAUAUUGCUUGAUGAUUUCCAGGAAUCAUAAAGGCUCUGUGCACUCUGUGUGUGAGGAAAAAUAGUUGUUUUUAAGCCACAGGAAAUCAAGUGAAGAUUGAGACGCAAGUGCAGGGAAGUAUUAGAGAGCUAUUCUGAGACUGUGAAAACUAAGGCAUAGUAGAAAGUAAUGGUACAUUAAUUUGGGUCAAGUUUAUUUUUCCUUCAUUUUACAUUUUGUCAAUAUUCAACAGAUUGUUUUUAAUUUAAUAAAAGGCAUACUGAUUUUA